AGUAAAACCAAGAUGGCUGCCUCGAAAGUGGAAAGAACAAGUUUGCUGGUGAAAUUAUUAGUUGUUCGGAAGACGUUUAUCGCUCUAUUAAUACAGCCGAGGAAAUUUUAGAUCCUAUUCUUACUAUAUCAAAUGAAGAAAUACUUUAAAAGGUUUGCCGUACCCUGAAAAUAUUUGUUUUAAAUGACCCAAGGAGUGUACUAAGUACUAAUAUAAACUUGUGUAGGCUUAAAAUAUGCGGUACAGUCCGUUAUGUAAACAAAGGCUUUGUUUACAUUUCGGUAUCCAAAAUAUUGAAUUUUAUUCGACAACUAUUUAUAUUUUCAUGAUUCUAGAGUAUAAUAAAUUAUGAAGACACAACAAUCAAGCUUUGCAAGAACAUAUAAAAUGAAAUAAAAACCUAACUGUUUGUAAACAAAAAGAAUGCUCCUUUGUGCAGAUCGGACUGUACCGCAUCUUUAAAACUAGUUUCAUAAUAGAAUUGUGUAGGCUUUGUCAUACAUUUUGGUUUUCACUACCAUCCGGCAUUUGCAAACAAAUGGUGAAUGGUGAUGUGGAAACUUUUUUCAUGUGGGUUUACAUUUUGUACUUAAACCCCCAACUGAACAACAUUUAAUUGUCACGCUAUUAAAACACAUAUAUAGUGUUUUUACCAUGACCGUAUGCGGAUAUGCCCAAACUUAAAGACCAUGUAAAGUCUGUAAUGUAAAUAAGCGCUUUGUUUACAUUUUGCUACAGUUGUAAAAUAUGAUUAGAUAUAUAUUAUACUGAAUUUUUAACACUCUUCUGGUUUGCUAUGCUUGUAAAUGAAUACAGACUAGAGAUUCAAUUCAACUGAAAGUUCAAAAGGUACGAAAUAUUAAAAACAUUCCAACGGUCGGGUCCUGACCAUUGAAAUGUAAGCCUGCGCAGAAUGUAUGCGCUGAGCAGACUUCAUACAUGGUCUUUAAAAUAUUUUCACAGAAAAUGUAUGGCAGACAAAGGGAUCUUGCAGACAGAAAGUGUUUUUGUCAAAUUGGAAGAUUAGAAAUAUGCUUGGUUCUUGGUUCACAAAGGAAUUUUGUGCAGAUUCUUUGGAAAUUAUUUGCAGUUUUUUACAACUUGAAAAAUGGUGUGUAGAUUUCCAUAAGGGUCCUACUAAUUACUGCCCGAGAACUGCCCAGGUAAACAUAGCAUUUUUAUUAUAUGGUAAGGCAGUGUGAUUUUGUUUUAAGUUGCUGAGUACAUGCAUAAAAGGCUUUUUCAAAACAUUUAGCAUGCUACGUUGCUGGCAGCCAUUGACUGGUUUUCCCAUCGAACUUUGUUUUUGACACACAGAUGUUGCGUCUUUGUGGUUACUUGAGUGUGGGGCAGUUUAUAAACAAAGGGAAAUGGUUAAACAUUCCAUUUUACUUUAAUAACAAAUGGAGGAGAAAUUAUUGGAUUCGAUCAAGGAAACUAUACAGGGUAUAUCAGAAUAAGUAAAAAAAUAUAAUAAUUAAUUUAGUUUAAUACUUUGAUUGAAUAAAGCAAAUUCCUAAUUUUGCUACUAACAUUAUAAGUAUUUGAUAAUGAAAAUAAAAAUUAGAAAAGCAAUCCAGUAUUCAAAGGGGAAAAUAUUUCUGUUUUCUCUUUAAAAUUAAAUUGUAUCAAGUUACACGUUUAUUGCCAUUGGUCAAUCAGGUCACAUGAUCAGACCACAUGGCCAAGUUAUUGAAAUAAAAAAAAACUAUAUAAAAAGUUGGAUUAGUUCUGCUUUUACAUCUGUAAUUUGUACACCAAGAAACAACUAAAUGCACUUACAAGCCAGUAUGCUGCUGACCAGUGCCGCAUGGGGUUCAGAGUCCUUGGCUGCUCCUAACAUGUAAUAUAAGACAUUUUUUGAUAUUAUGAUGAUACAUUUGUGUACAAAGUCAAACGGGAACUCUGUCGUUCCUGUUUUGUGUUGGAAGUUUAAAUUUUGCCUCUAUACUUUAUUACCUAGUUCAUGUAUUUGAUAUUUAGCUUUGCCAAAAGGUGAUAUGCAACCAGUCCCAUGGCAUUCAAAGUGCAAAGAGAUUUUCGCCAUGUUGGAUGAUAUUUCCAUUGCAAACAAGCAAAAUCCUUUGUCAAUGUCAUCCAGCAUGACGACGGUGACGUAACUUGCACACGUACUCGAUAUAGACAAAUAGCAUGAAGGUAUGCGCAACAGCUCUCGCCAAUUAUGCCAGCGCUUUACACAAUACUUGCAUUAGGCCACCGCCGGUCAACUGAGAAAAAAAGACUCGUAACAACCAGCGAUAAUGAACAGAAUGUUCUUACAGAAAAGCUCUUUACAACUCAGUGUCGUAUAUAAAACCGGAAGUUAAAACCGGUUAUGUAACCAUAAUUUAAGUACUGCCUGUUUAAUAUAAAACGAGCAGGAGUGUUUUAUUAGGUUUAAAGACACGAGCGCCCAGCGCGAGUGGCUUUAGACCUAAUAAAACACGACCUGCGAGUUCAUUAAACGGCUUCAAACACGACUAUACAAAUUCAAUAGAUAUACCGCCUUAUUAGUAUUCUUUAUAUAAAAAAAAUACUAAUGAGGACACGAUAACAAUAGAUACUGCCUUCUUUAUAUAAAGAAUAUCAAUUAGGAGUGUUUCAUCAGGUUUAAAGCCACUGCACGUGACAUGUUGUAGUUUACAUGAUUUGCCAAUAUUGGCAAUAAGCUUAUGAAUUAUUAAUGAGUGUUUGAAGUCUUUGAAAGGAAUGACCCCUACUUAUUUAAAACAGUUUAACAUGUGCCAUAAUGGCACGUACAUUAAGAAGCAACAAUCGUAAAUUAGGCUUUCCUAAACCAAAUAAAAUUUUUGUGAAGAAUAUAUGAAUAUAUUUUCUAUGAGUCUUUCUCUUCGUUUAAAUACUCAAUGACUGGAGUGUCCAAUUUAUAUAUUCAUUAAUUGUAAAUUUUUAUUAUUACAACCCAAAUUUUGUAAGAAGUUGUAUUUUAUAGUGCAUUCAUCAUAGAUAUAUAGCAAAAAAUAAUUUUCUUAUUAAGAAAAAAAUUCUUAAUUUAAGAAAUUAUUUCUUAAAACGAGAAACGGAUUUUCUCGAUAAGAAAAAAGAUUCUUAAAAUAAUAAAUAUUUCAUUGGCAAGAUAUAUUUUCUUAAAACAAGAAAAUGAUUCAUCUAGAAAUAUUUUCUUAAUUAGAAUUUUUUCUCGCUAUUCUCCCUAGUAAAAAUUUUCUUGUUUUAAGAAAUAUUUUCUUAAACUGACAAGUUAUAUUUUCUUUAUUUAAGAUUUAAUUUAUUAUUAUUUAAGAAAAGUUUUCUUAAUGUAAGAAAAAUUUUCUAGUUCUAAUAAAAUUUCUUAUUUUAAGAAAAAGUGCACUAGAAAAAUGUUUCAUUAUUUUCUUGUAAUGAGAUAUAUUUUUCUUAAAACAAGAAAAUGUUUUUUCUUAUUUUAAGAAAUAUUUUCUCAGUUAGAAAAGUUCUAGUAAAAAAUUCUUGUUUUAAGGUGGCUCGCUACAGUUUAUAGAAAUGUUGAAAAUGCGUAAACUAGAUCAAAAUGUUUUCUGAAAUAAAAAAUGAGGUAACCGACCUUUUUUUAAAGUAAAAUGCGUUCAAAGCCAAAAUAUCGGCCAUCUUGAAUCGUCAUUGUUGCCAUAGCAACAGUGGUGACGUCACUUUUCUGAGCAAUUUUCGACUGUUUGAUUGUCGCUGUAUAUAUAAUAUGCAAAUUUCGAUUUGUAAAGAGCAUCAUCUCUUCAAAAAGGUGAUCUAGUUUACGCAUUUUCAACAUUUCUAUAAACUGUAGCGAGCCACCUUAAGAAAAUAAUUCUUGAAACAAGUUUUUUUUUCUUGAAAUAAGAAAACGAUUUUUUGCUUAUAUAUAUAUAUAUAUAUAUAUAUAUAUAUAUAUAUAUAUAUAUAUAUAUAUAUAUAUAUAUAUAUAUAUAUAUAUAUAUAUAUAUAUAGGCUAAUUUUUUAAAUAAUUAUUGUGUUAGUAUAGUUCUAAGCAUUUAAUAUUUUUGUAAGCACGGCCCUUUGAAAAACAGAUUACUGAAAGGGCACCGUGGUUAAAUAAGUUCAAAUAAUAAUAAUAAUAAUAUUAAUAAUAAUAAUUUGUGGGCGGAGUCUUAUACUGCACUAUAGUGCGAUUAUAAUAAUUUGUGGGCGGAGUCUUAUACUGCACUAUAGUGCGAUUAUAUAUGUCCUUCGUAAAACUAUAUAUUAAUAAUUAAUAAUAAAUAAAUAAUGGUUAAUAACAAAUAAUAAGAAUAGUAUAUUAUAAUAAUAAUAAAUAACUUACUAAAUAAAAAUCGUCCAACGUCCAUCGUCCAGGUUUUGUGUCAAAACCUUCAGGAACACGACUACAUUCCUACGCCUUUUCUGCUGAACUGUCAAUCUACUAUUUCUUAUUUUUAGCAUCAUUUCUCCUUAAUUGUACAUACCAAAACCUACAAAUUCUUGCACCAACUUGCAUCAACAAAUUAAGAUCCAUCAUGCCUAUAUCAUCAUUAAUGAUUAACAUGCGUUUCCUAAAUAUCGCUUUGUGAAUCCUCAUCGUAAAACACGCGUGUCGCGCGACUUUCUCGCGAGACCACUCCCGUGCUCUUUUGCUAAAAAUUAUUGUCAAAGUCAAAACAGGCAAAAUUUAGAAGUAUUUAGAUUAAGAAGAAACAUUUUUCUAAUUUCCUCAAAGUUUUCGUGGUUGUUUUCCAUCUGUAUAUGUAGUGCGCAAAGCUUCAUUUCGCUUAAAAACUAUGCAACAUUGUAUACUGAAGUACGGGCCUUAGUCUUAGAAGCAGAUCAAGACGUAUUGUAUAAUUUGUUAUUAAUAAGAUAACUGCGAAUGGUUUUGAGUGGAAAGGUAGGAAUACAUUGGUAAUUUUUGUUUUCUCAGUCGAGCAAAUGUGUACCACGCCACUAAUAUGCAUUUCAAGUCAUGUAUUUCUUGUUUGUUUCGAGUAUAAAUGCCUAUAAAUGCCAUAUAUGAUAAACUUUUUAUUAACCUCGCUUGCUCGGUCUUUACAGAGAAAUAUUGGACCUCGGUCUUUUUGUACAAACCUCGCCCUACGGGCUCGGUCUGUACAAAAAAGACCUCGGUCCGAUCUUUCUCUGUAACGACCUCGCGCUCGGUUAAUAAGAAGUUAGUAAUGUUCUAUAUUUCAUAUAUUAUUAAUUAUUCAAAUGAUCGAAUUCAAACUUUUGGAACAAUAAUUUGCGUCUGUUUAGUAUCUGCUCGUGUCAGUCUAUUCCUGCUAUGAAAAUGGUUUUAAACCACUGUCACUUUAAUACAAACACUGACGAAGUGCCGUUGCAUGCUCAAAACUUUGAGAAGUAAUUUUUGUGCAACACUCGACCCUUAUUACCUUAAUAUUUCAAAUAACGUUUAAUUGCCUUCAUAUAUAUGCAAACUUGCUAUUCAAUAAGAGAAUGAGUUCAGGAAUGAAUAAUUUAGCCCCGUCACGUCAAGAUCUCGCAUUUGUUUGAACAACAUGCAUCUAUUCAGAUUUUAUUCAUUAUUGGUAUCAUGAUAUUAUACUCUUAGUCUUAGUCUUAAACAGUUAAAGCGCAAGAUAGGAAAAAUAUAUCAGUUUUACUAAAAUGUUUCGGUCGAACGAGUGUCAUCAAACCAUUCGUCAGAAGUGUUUCAAAAGCUUUUGUGACGAAGGGCCUUCGAAACGUUGACAAAUACAUCUUUUUGUGUGUGUGAAAUCCUCCAUAAUUCAUAAAGUAUUAUUCAUCGCUGCGGCAAAUACUGAACUCCUACAGUUGCAGAGUCUGAUAUUAACGCGGUUUGCCUAGUUAUGUAAAAUUGCUAUUUAAAAAUAAGAAUGAGUUCAGAAAUAAAGACUUUAUCACAUCCGUUUCAGCAACGGUAUUCAGAUUUUAUCGGCAUAAUGAUAUACAGUGUGUAUAUAAAAAUAAAGUAUAGGCUAUAGGUCUUUCAAAUUCAAAUCAACGAUAAUUAUAAGCGAUUUGGUUGUUCUCAACUGAUCAUGCUUUGAGUUAAUGAUACGCGACGACGACAUGUCUUAUUUACAAAGGAGAUCAAUUAUAACUUCAUUUUAAUGCUGCUUGUACAGUACAGGGUAUAUCAUUGAGUUGUUCGUACAUGUCCCAUCAUAGAAGUAGAAAGUCUUUUGUUUUAUGGGUCGCUAUAUAUUAACUUGUUCGAAGCAGGCGAUAUGCUUGAUUUAAAUUUGAAAAGCUAUACUUUUUUUAUACACACUGUACUUGCAGGGUGUAUAAAAAAACGAGACCUUUAGAAAUUAACCUUAUAAUCCUUAUUGUCUAUUGAUAUAAUUUGAAUGCUAUAAGCACUACGCUGAACACAAUACUCAUAAAGAGUGAGAAAACACAAUUGAAUUAAAUUUUUAAUUACCGGGACUCAGGAGCAAAAUAUAUUGUACUUUAACAACAAUACUCAAUAGAUUAAUUUCUAAAGGUCUGGGUCUUAAAAGAAAUGCUUUACCUUCUCAUAUCCUGAUCCCAACCUAUUGUACACAUAUUCGACCAAUUGUGGAAUAUGCUUGUCAGGUGUGGCAUUAUGGCCUUCCUCAGUACCGGAGUGAUCAAGUUGAAAAAAUCCAAAAAAGGGCAUUAAAAAUUAUUUUCCCUGGAGCUACCUUGGCUAUGCUGAAUGUUUGCUUAAAGCAAACUUAAUGACUCUUCAUGAACGUAGAACAGUUCUUUGCAAGCGCCUUUUUUCGAAGAUGUUGGAACGGCACUCAUAAACUGAAUGCCUUAGUACCGCCUAAAAAUCUUCAAACUUAUGAUCUGAGGUCUUAUUCUAACCUAUUAGUACCUAGGUGUAGAACUGAACGUUUUUCGAUCAGUUUCAUUCCUGCUGCGUCUCGUGCUUAUAAUAAUGAGUAAACUUUAGUUUAUUAUCGUAAUUUUUAUCUAAUUUACCUAUUUUUACAUGUAAAUAUAGAAUAGAUUGAAUAUCUAUGUUUUUAUACCUUGUAAUUCCAAAGUAAUUCAGUUGUUACUGCUAGUUUGGAAAUUUUUAUAAGAAUAAUAAUAAUAAACCCUGUAGUUUAUGCACAACUCACAAGACAAGAAAAGCUAUUACACACAUGCAGUUUGUGGAACGAGUAUCAUCAAACCCUCGAGCCAGGGGCUUUUGCUCAAAACGUCGAGGAAUCUUCCAUUGUAUUCGAACCCUACAGUUUCAGAUAACCAUGCAUAGUUGAGAUAACGUUUGCCUUGUUAUGUAAACUUGAGUAUUUAAAAAAAAGACAAUGAGUUAAAAAAUGAAUAAUUUAGCUCCGACAAGUUUUGACAUCCGUUUCAGCAGCGAUAUUCAGAUUUCCUCUCACGAUGAUAAAGUUCAAGCACAAGACAAGAAAAUUCAGUAUUACACAGUUUGUCGAAGAAGAAACAUCAAGUCAUUUCAAAGAAGACUUUUCAGAAUGAAACAAUCAAUUAUCUCCAUUGGCUUAAUUUUGCUCUCCAUGGUUGUGCUGUAUGCGGUAGGUUUUUUUUUAUUUUUUACUUUCAAACCUUCACAUUUUACGCUGUCGAGUGACGAUGGUGGUUCGAAGGGAGAUGCAUGAAGUUUGGAUGAUAUAGGUGCAGUUCGAGCCCUGCCCUUUAAAUUAGCGCCAAGUUAAUGCAAGCUUGUUACUGAUGGUUGAGGGUAUAGGAUAUUGUUACUAAGAAUAAAUAACUGCGCUAUAUACUGUAUAUGUCUAUGAUAUGAAGCAGUGACUCAACUACAGGGAUCGCUACUGUAUUGCACGCAUGUGCCUUUCAUUUCUUAUAGGACGGAGUUCGAACAUCCACGUGAGAAUUAAAGAUGCUCUGUUAACUUUACCAAACACAUGGAGUUUUCUCCAUGCACGUACUUUGGCUUUGCAGGUUUUGUCCUAGCUGUUGUCACACGAGUCGUAAAGGCAGGGGCGGUGCUAGACCUCUUUGAAUGGGGGGCGAGUGAAAUUUGCCAAGUAUCAAGACAAAUUUUGCCGAGUACAUUACAACCACUUACGGCGGCACAACAUCAAAAAUUUGUUUUUGGACAACAUUUUUUUCAAUUUUAUUUUUUGUUUAACCAUCGUUCUUCCUUCCAUUUUCGCUGGCCCUGCCUAAAGGGAUUUCAGUAAUGAUUUACAGUAAGAACUGAUGGUUGUCCGAUGUCACUAAAGUUAGUUUAGUUUUGAACCUACGAUUUCCCCCAAGGGAAUGCUUCGACACAGAAUAUAUAUAAGAACUAUAUAUAUAUAUAUAUAUAUGCAAACUACAUGCUCCAUUUUUGUUUCAGAAAGCUACCAGCACAUGUAGCUGCUCCUGUGGUGGCCACGAAUCAACCACAUAUCAGACCCCACUGGUAAAACAGUGCACUUUUAAAAGUCUUAAUGAUGAUCGAAAUAAGGGUCAGAUUGAGGUAAACAGAAAAUUUAAUGUCUAUUCUGUAGACUAUACUCUCAUGCAAUACUCAUGCAGUGUUUAUUUUAUUGUUUACUAGACACCCAAUAUUUUUACCAUUGACAUCAUUUCAUAAAUGUAUGAUGAGAUUCUCGAAAGGAACCAUAUCGUGUUCGAUAUAUUCCUUUCUAUUUUUGCUUAUUUUUACAGACUUGUGAUUUUCAAAAGGCUCACUCCAACUCAGCCCUUCGUGUGACGUAUCAGGGAGACUUGCGAAUGAUAAGUUGUUCCAACGGGAGAUGUUGUCGACGUUGGUUUAUUACAAUCAAUGGUAAAGAAUGCUCAUCCCCUGCGCCCAUCGAUGCUCACAUGUACGCAGGUGGAGUCGCCAAUCUGAACGUUCAUCGUCCUGGCACACUGGAUGGCUUCUGUAACAACAUUGCAAAAGGAAAGGUUACAGUUGGUCUUUCUGUUGGAAAAUGCAACAAUUGGUCCUAUGAUGUAGGUGACGCGUACACAUGCUCGAGAUCGGUUUGUCGUUUAAUCAUUGAAGAAAUCCUUUCAAUGCAAUGAAGACAAAAACGGAAACUGGAUCGAAAUUUUCACUGUUCACUUAACCUUUAAAUUCUUAGCUAUAGCUGACAUGUCCAACAUAUAGAACUAUUUAUAAAAGCAGUUCUAUUAAAAUCUGUUUGUAUUGUAGUAAUCUGAAAUAAUGAAAAUAAGUCAAACCAGCAUUAAUUUUUGUCCGAGGUCUGACUUUUAGAAAAACACGUUUUUGUAAUUUUGAUUCAUUUUUUAACAGUUUUUCAACAUUUUCUAACGGUUUUUCAACAUUUUCUGCACGAAAUUUCAUAUGAUACCGAUAAAUAGCAUGUAAAAAAUUCAACAUUUGCAUAUGUAAUUUUAUGAAAAUUCUAUCACUGCACAUUCCAUAAGCAAAAGGGGGUCUGCCAGUCCAGAGACUGCUGACAUAUAUAACAACGAGACUUGGGACUCGUAAGUUGUUCCAACUGUCAAUGUUGUCGACGUUGGUUUAUUACAAUCAAUGGUAAAGAAUGCUCAUCCCCUGCACCCAUCGAUGCUGUCAUCCACACACAUGAAGUCAGCAAUCUGAACCUCCACUAUGGAAAGCCAUAGCUGUCUUAAGUGAUCAAACGGCAUUUUGUUGGGUGCUUUUCGCAUUAUACGCGGUGCUUUCACCAUCAUACGCGGUGGUUCUAGCAUUAUACGCGGUGCUUUGAGCAUUAUGAGCUUAUUGAGCCAACAAAAUGACGUUUGAUCACUUAAGACAGCUAUGGCUUUCCAUACUCCACCGUCCUGGUAUACUGGACGGCUUCUGUAACAAUAUUCCAAAAGGAAAGGUUACAGUUGGCCUUUCUGUUGGAAGCUGCAAAAAUUGGUCCUAUAUGACGUGGGUGACGCGUACACAUGCUGGAAUUCGGUUUGUCGUUUAUUAAUCAUUGAGGAAAUCCCUUCAAUGCAAUAAAUACAAGGAACUGGAUCGAGAAUUAAGGAAACAGUAUAUUCAAAUAUGUUAAUUAAUUAAGCCUUUUACAGUAAACUUUUAGCUCAUACCGUAUGUUAUGUAUGUCCAACUUAUAAGUCGUAAACUAUAUAAAAGCAGUUUUUUUAAUCGAGGUAAUGUCUGAUUGUGUUGUAGUCAUAUGAGAAUGUGAAACAAAUAAACACCUCAGCAUUCAUUUUUGUCCAGGUUCUUUUAAUGUGUCUGCCGGCUGGCGUACCCAGUUUAAAUGCGCAUGCGCUAUUAAAGAAGUUUUUCAAUUUUGAUCUCCAAGUUCAUCUAAGACAAUUUUCCCUGUAUAAGCAUUCUUUAAGAAAUCGCAUAGGAUCAUCGAUAAAUAACGUGCAAAACAAUUUGUGAUAUUCUGAUGAUACAUUUGGAG